AUGAAGCUCCUUUUUCCCAUCUUUGCAAGCCUCAUGCUACAGUCCCAGGUGAACACAGAAUUCCUUGGCUUGAAAAAAUGUUUAAUGGGUUUUGGGAAAUGCAAGGACCAUUGCACCGUGGAUGAAAAAGAGAUAGACAAAUGCAAGAAGAAAAAAUGUUGUAUUGGACCAAAAGUGGUUCAAAUAAUAAAAAACUUCAUCCAAAUUGAAAUGCUUCAUGCAUUUGAAGAAAACUCCCAAGGACUUUUAAAAAAUUACAAUAAUUCUAAUGCCAUGAUACAAAAAAAAAAUCAUGUUACAUCUAUUCUCCCCAAAAUCAUGAGCAUCAGCCCUUCUACCAAUACCAACACCGUCAUCAUCACAAAUACCACCACUUUGAACUCCAUCGUCACCAGUACUGCUGCUUCUACCAAGAGUGACACCACAGAAAGCAGAGAUUCUCCCAUUGUCUCCAUACCACCAACGCCACCACCAUAGAAACUGUCAACACCAGAAAUGAAGUUGGAAGAAGCCUCUGAGCAGAUCUUUCCUCUAAAAAUCCAAGGUCUUCUCUGUCUUCUUCAUCUAUAA